AUGUACCGCUAUGGUGUUUUGAACCCGACGAACAAGGAGACAGAGGGCGUGCGUUCCGGGUAUAUGGAAAGCGGUGCGACCGGAGAAUACGCGGGAGAUGAAGAUGUUGUGACUGGGGCAGUUAAGACAGAUGCACUUGGGGAGGUCGAAGUUGAGGAAUCAGUGUCUGAGGUUGAACUUGGAGCCGCAGAGGUCGGAACGUUUGAUGUACUUGUUGUUGUACUGGAUGUGGGGGGCAAAGUUGUAGAGCUUGUUGAGUCGGUAGAUGAGGGAGAAGAAGUUGAGGUGGAAGAAGAGGUAGGAGGAGAAGAUGUAUCAGGAGUGGACGUGGUAGAGGAAGUGUCAGACGUCGACGUAUCCGAGGCUGGAGAUGACGAUGAUUUAGAAAGUGAAACGGAAGAAUUUGAGCUCGGGUGGAUGGACUCACUCGACGUGGUGGAAGGCGAUGAGCUACCUGACACGAGCGAGGACGACGGGGACGACGUGAACGAAGACGAACCUGUGUCAGAAACAGUGGGACUGGCACUGGACGUGGAAUUGCCGGACGGUGAGAGUGAAGCCAUAAAAGUAAGAGCAAAUAGUUCGUAG